GGCAGUAGAAUCUGUCACGGACCAAAGUAUAUUUCUAAAGAAUGCUUUUUGGGAUAUGGCGAAGGUUAUGGCUUUGUAAUCCUUAAAAAUGUCUACUUUUAGCCUAAUUCGCAGGGUUAAACUAGCAAUUGCGGUUCCAAUUUGUGGUCCUCCUGCUAAAACUAUUUACACCUGUCGAUUUCGUUCGACUGUAUCGCGUAACCUUAAAGUAAACCAAAUGCAUAUGAUAUCUAAAUGUUUGCAAAGGUUUUCAUCCACUAAUGUUAAAAAACAUAUAAACGUUGGCACGAUAGGACACGUCGAUCACGGUAAAACGACGCUUACAGCAGCAAUAACGAAAGUGUUGCAGGAAGACGGACUCGCAAAAUAUAUUUCCUAUGACCAGAUAGACAGGGCGCCAGAAGAAAAGGCCAGAGGAAUCACCAUAAACGCGUGCCAUGUCGGUUACAGCACAAAAAAUAGACAUUACGCGCAUACUGAUUGCCCCGGCCACGCCGAUUACAUAAAAAACAUGAUAUCCGGGGCUUCGCAGAUGGACUGUGCAAUAUUGGUUGUGGCCGCCACUGACGGCCAAAUGCCACAAACCCGAGAGCAUUUGCUUUUGGCCAAGCAAGUCGGGGUUCAAAAAAUUGUCGUUUUCGUCAAUAAAGCUGAUUUAGUCGAUAACGAGGUUUUAGAACUUGUAGAGAUUGAGGUUAGGGACCUGUUGGAUAAUUUUGGAUUCGAUGGGUCAAAUUCGCCUGUAGUUACCGGCUCCGCCUUGGAAGCGCUGAAUGGUAAUGAUACUGAGAUGGGUAAACAGUCCAUUAAGAAGCUACUUGAUACAUUGGAUAGGUAUGUCUCUCCUCCGGAACGAGACUUUGCCUCUCCAUUUAUGUUACCCAUUGACAAUGUGUUUACUGUACCUGGACGUGGUACUGUACUGAUAGGUACCUUGAGCCGAGGGGUGAUGAAAAAGAAUGCUGAGGCCGAACUGCUGGGGUUCGACCAGACUAUUAAGACCACUGUUAGUGAUAUUCAGGUGUUCAAAAAAAGUGUCCCGCAAGCGGUUGCGGGCGAGAACGUGGGCGCUUUGGUACGUGGCGUCAAACUGAGCGACGUCAAGAGAGGCAUGCUUCUUUGCGCCGCAAAGACGGUCGCCCUGAGCAACAGAUUCAAGGCCAGUGUUUAUUUUCUCAGUAAAGCCGAAGGGGGCCGAAGCAAACCAAUUGUAGGCAAAUACUGUCAGCAGUUGUUUAGCAAAACGUGGAACGUCGCGUGCCGCAUAGAUUUAGAAGAAAACGUGGAAAUGAUCAUGCCCGGUGAACACGGCCAGGUGAUUUUGACACUGUUGUCCAAAAUGGUGAUGCCUCAAGGGCAGCAGUUUACUAUCAGGGAGAAUAACAUUACGGUUGCGACCGGCAUUGUUACAGACACGUUACCGAAUGUUAACAUUAGCCAUUCCUUGGGAAAGCUUUAGCGUUGUGAUAUAAUUAAGUGUAAUUGGUCGAUUGGCGUCUAAUUGGACCCGCAAUUUUGCACACGUUUUUAUUAUUAAAUUAU